ACUGUGACGUCACUUCCUGAUAUUUUGUUUGUUGACAUCUCCUGGGCGUCUCACUUAUCUGAGCUUUUUUUAAAAUAAAAAAAACAAUCACCGCAUUGGAUCAACACAUGUUUUUCCACCAAGAACAGCACAAGUUUCGUAGUGGAAGCCAAUUGAUGACUGAUAAACACUGAUUAAGAUCCAGCAGCAUUUGCAGUGUCAGAGAAUUAGGAUUUUCAGUCCAAAUGGGGAACAGCGCUCUCAAGUCUCACCUGGAAACAUCCCAAAAGACGGGAGUGUUCCAACUGACUGGUCGAGGCAUUCAGGAGUUUCCUGAGGAGCUGCAGCAGCUCACCUCCAACCUGAGAACUAUGGACCUGUCAGACAACAAGCUGGAAUCACUUCCCCUUUUUAUCGGAAACUUUGCACAGCUCAGAAGUUUGACACUCAACUCCAACAAACUGGGCAGCCUUCCCACUGAGAUUGGGAAUCUGAAGAAACUGGAGACGCUGAGUGUCAGCACCAACCGGAUCCAGCAGCUGCCUCCAACCCUGGACCGACUCAAGGCCCUGCGAACCCUCAUUCUGGCAGGGAACCGUAUCUCGGAGUUCCCCUCUGGACUGGGGGGUUUAAGACUGCUGGACUUGCUGGAUUUGUCACGCAACCAGAUUCAGAGCGUCCCGCCAGAUGUGUCGGAGCUGCAGGCCAUCGAGAUCAACCUCAACCAGAACCAGAUUUCAAUUCUAUCAGCAGAAGUGUCACGAUGCCCUCGUCUGAAAGUUCUGCGAGUGGAGGAGAACUGUCUGGACUUGGCAGCCAUCCCUCUGUCCAUCCUGAGCGAGUCUCAGGUGUCUCUCUUCUCUGUGGAGGGAAACUUGUUUGAGGUGAAAAGACUCCGAGACCUGGACGGAUACGAUAAGUACCAGGAGCGUUUCACUGCCACCAAGAAGAAGUUUGCCUGAAAGUGACCUGCUCCUUGUCGUCCUCUUCUUAUACUGCUGCCAUGUGACACAAUGGGCGAGGCAUUCCUGGGCACAGACAAUCAGGAAGUAGUGGAAGGACGGCUGAGAUCAUUCCAAUGUUUUUCCUACGGAACCGACGACCAGAUGCUUUACGACAGGAAACACUUUGUAGACGCUAGUGGUGCUCCAAGUGACUUUUGUCAUUUGGAGCACACAAGAAGUUGCCAUGACGAUGUAUUUGCUAGUCUGAUGCAUUUGUUACCAGGAAGUGAGUUAAAACUGGAAGUGAAACAAGUAGUUAUUAGACACUUCCUGUGGAAGAUGAUGUAAUAACAUGACGUUAAAUGUUUGGAAUGGAGCUAAGCUCCUCCCUCAUCCUCAUUCGCAUAAUAAUUAAUAACUCACAUCAUUGUUAGCUUAGUCGCCACUGUAAAGUUAGCCCCGCUUCCGGUUACUUUGUCAUGACACUAAUGAAUUGCAAAAUAAAAUCCUACCUCUGAGCGUGUGCUGAA